ACAGAUGGCAGUAAUGCAACACUAUGGAUGCCAACUGCCGUAAAAAUCCAACGAAGAAGAAGAAGAAGAAUCCAACGCAUUUCAUUGGCUGUUUCCGAGGCGGGAGUUUGAGUCAGAUUAUGGAACAUUCGUGAUAACAUAACAUAUCAGCUCUGCUCUUUUACUAACCUGGACAACCUAUAAAAAUAGGAAAUUGUCUAUUUCUUCGAACCGGAGUGCAUUUUAAACUUUUGCGUCAGUCUAGUGGUUUGAAAAGGGGUGUUAGUGAGAUCUAAAGAAAUGGCAACUGGAUUACCGCUUUAGUUUGACAACAACUAAUUUACUGUCAACUCUCAACCAGCACGUCUCGUGCGUGUUCGCUCGUGAACGUCAACCUAAUCCGGGCGCGUCUCUUUCAACGGUCAACUUUAACAAAAGACCUUAAAUCCGCGUUAAACACGGAAACUUUGUGGAAAUAGUUUUAUAUCUUCACCUGGACAUGGAUCCCUACCGCCAUUCGCGAUAUGAAAGCUCAAAUCAAGGGAGGGAGAAUAAAAUGCAUCGAAAGAAAGUAUUUGGAGUCGGAGUGUUAUCUCAGGGCAAUUCAGGCACCGAGGACGGAGAAAAGAAACCUACAUUUCACUUGAACAUCAGAACACUUACUGAUGAUGUGCUGGACAGAUUUUCCAGUAUCCGGAUCCCUGGCAGUAAAAAGGAACGGCCACCCCUCUCCCACAUGUCAAAGCAAUCCUCUUCUGGUGACUGGUCCACUUCCUCUGAAUUUGAGGAGCUUUCUACAAAGAUUACAUCAGAGAAGGAAAUCCUUGCCAUCUUUGAAAAAAUGAUGGAGGAUAUGAAUCUAAAUGAAGAGAAGAAAGCGCCACUCAGAGAGAAGGACCUGAGCACAAAAAGGGAAAUGGUCCUUCAGUACAUCAUCACAGCUGCAAAAACUGGUAGUUUGAGGAGCAGCAGUCAGAUCUCUCCUCAGGAGUUCCUGAGCGAACUGAAAUGUGGUGCCACCGAUGAGAGACUGUUUGGCUGUUUGGACUCCCUCAGAGUGUCACUUACUAGCAAGCCAGUCAGCUGGGUGCAGAGUUUUGGCCAUGAGGGUCUGGGCCUCCUGUUGGAUACGCUGGAGAAGCUCCUUCUUAAAAAACACCAAGAAAUGGUGGAUAAGAAGAAUCAACACAAAGUCAUUCAGUGCCUCAAGGCUUUUAUGAACAACAAGUAUGGACUGGAGCGGAUCCUUGGAGAGGAGAAGAGUCUGGCACUGUUGGCCCAAGCCAUUGACCCUGGUCAGCCAGCCAUGAUGACAGAUGUGGUCAAACUGCUGUCUGCAAUCUGCAUUGUGGGAGAAGAAAAUACUUUGGAGAAGGUCCUUGAGGCCAUCACCACGGCAACUGAGGGAAGAGGGGUGGCCCGCUUUAACCCUAUCGUUCAAGGUCUUAAUGUUCGCUCGGUCCAAUUACAGGUGGCUUGCAUGCAGCUCAUCAAUGCCCUUGUAACGUCUCCUGAUGAGUUGGACUUCAGGCUGCACAUCCGAAAUGAAUUUAUGCGCUGCGGCCUGCGAGAGAUCCUGCCGAGCCUGAACACUGUAAAAAAUGAUGCUCUGGAUAUCCAGCUGAAGGUCUUUGAGGAGCACAAAGAGGAGGACAUGAUUGAGUUCUCCCAUCGCCUGGAGGACAUCAGGAGUGAACUCGAUGAUAUUGGAGAUGUCUUUAAUGUGUUAUACUCCUCUGUGAAGAACACAAGCACUGAGAGCCAUUUUCUUUCCAUACUACAGCACCUGCUUCUGAUCAGGAAUGACUGUUUCACACAGCCUCAGUAUUUUAAGAUCAUAGAGGAGUGUGUGUCUCAAAUUGUCCUUCAUCGUAGCGGCACAGAUCCUGACUUUGAAUACCGCAAGCGUUUAGAUGUGGACUUCAGCCACCUGUUAGAGGUGUGUGUGGAUAAAGCCAAGGCUGAGGAGUUUGAACAGAGGGCUGAGAAGUUGGCUCAAAAGCUUGAGGAGGAGUUCCUGAGCAGACAGGAAGCUCAAGCCCAGUUGUUGAAGAAAGAGGAGAAGAUCAGUGAGCUGGAAGCUGAACUUCAGUCCUAUAGAAACCAGUUUGGAGCAGUUCCAGUGGCCUUGCCUUCAACUGCCUCUUCCUUAUGUCCCAAUGCCCCACCUCUUCCUCCACCUGCUCCUGGAACUCAAGCUCCACCACCCCCUCCACCUCCACCACCUCCACCAGGUUGUGCCUCCAUGCCUGGGAUGCCUCCACCACCACCUCCUCCUCUGGGGAUGGGCGCGCUGAUAUCCUCCACAAUUAAACUCAUAUUGCCUUUUGGCCUCAAACCCAAGAAGGAAUUCAAGCCAGAUACUUCCAUUAAGCGCCUCAAUUGGUCAAAGAUCUCACCCCAGGAGAUGUCCGAGAACUGUUUUUGGGUCAUCGCCAAAGAGGACCGUUACGAGAAUGAGGAUCUGCUGUCCAGGCUCGCCACCACUUUCAGCACACAGAGAGCUGAAGCCAAAGCUCGACGAGAAGAUGAGAACCUGGAGGAGAAGAAAUCCAUCAAAAAGAGGGUCAAAGAAUUGAAGGUGCUGGACCCGAAGAUAGCACAGAACCUCUCCAUUUUCCUGGGGUCAUUCCGUAUGCCCUAUGAGGAGAUCAGGAGAAUUAUUUUAGAGGUGGACGAGGAUCAGCUGACUGAGCCCAUGAUCCAGAAUCUCGUGAAGUACCUGCCUGAACAGCAGCAGUUGAACGCGCUGGUCAAGUACAAAAGUGAAUAUGCCAACCUCUCUGAACCGGAGCAGUUUGGAGUAGUGAUGAGUAGCGUGAAGCGUCUGAGGCCCAGGCUCAACUCCAUCUUGUUUAAGCUGCAGUUUGAAGAGCAAGUGAGUAACUUGCGUCCGGACAUCAUGGCGGUGAACGCAGCCUGUGACGAGGUGAGGAAGAGCAAAUCUUUCAGCAGGCUGCUGGAACUCAUUCUGCUCAUGGGGAACUUCAUGAACGCUGGCUCGCGGAACGCCCAGACCUUCGGCUUUAACCUCAGCUCGCUCUGCAAGUUGAAGGACACCAAAUCGGCUGAUCAGAAGUCCACUCUCCUGCACUUCCUUGUAGAGGUCUGUGAGGAGAAAUUCCCUGAAGUACUGAAGUUUGUGGAGGAUCUACAGCAUGUGGACCAGGCCAGUCGAGUAUCGGCGGAAAACCUUGAGACGAGUCUGAGACAGAUGGAGAAGCAGCUGCUACAGUUGGAGAAGGAUCUGGACUCUUUCAGCUCCACAGACGACCAGCAGGACCUGUUCCACAGCAAGAUGGCAAGGUUUUCUACACAGGCGAGAGAUCAGUACCAGAAGCUGGUGAUCAUGCACAGUAAUAUGAUGACCCUUUACCUCAACAUGCUGAAGUAUUUCGCCAUCGACCCCAAGAAGACCUCCGUGGAGGAACUCUUCACUGACCUCAGCAACUUCAGAGCCAUGUUCAUGCAAUCAGUGAAGGAGAAUGCAAGGAGAAGAGAGGCGGAUGAGAAGCAGAGGAAAGCAAGGAUUGCCAAAGAGAAGGCGGAACGAGAGAAGCAGGAGCAGCAGAUGAAGAAGAAGAGACUGCUGGGGGUCAACACAGAGAACGAUGACACUGGUGUGAUGGAUUGUCUGCUGGAGGCACUACAGUCUGGAGCCGCUUUCAGAGACCGCAGGAAAAGAGCACCCCGACCCCGAGAUCAACCAACACAAGUUCUCAGUCUGAGUCCACAAAGAGCUGUUCUGAAAGACUGCAACCACGAAAACAUGAAGGCACCUCUGCAAAGGUCACGAUCGCGUCAGAAUAUCAAUUUCAACUCGACCCGAGCACCCACUGCCAAGGAGCCUCAUUACGAGAGUGAACCCCAUCCUUCUGCAGCCCACAGGCUGACCCACCGGCCCGAGGGGGAGAAAGAAAAAGCCAGAGCACGAGAGAAGGAAAAAGAGCAAACUCCAACGCUUUGCUCAUCCAGUGGUGACACAGACGUAGAGGCCUUGCUUGCCCGGCUGCGUGCCCUGUGAUGACAUCACCGCUUCCCCAGACCUCUCGAGUUUGACCUAUGUAGUCAGUACGGUGACACGGACACAAAAAAGAAACACAGAGCGCAGUCACUUUUUGCUAAUAAAUGCCGCAGGGUUGCGCUCAUACACGCAAAGGAAAAGUCUUAACAAUUAACCUUUCUCUGCCCUUUUACCUCUAACAACAGACUUGUCCACAGAAGUGCGAGUCUUUGUGUUGGUUGGGUCCAGGAUAAAAACUCAGUUUUUUACGCAGCUAAUUACUAGACCGUUUAGAGUGACCUUUGGGCCAAGCACUUGUCUUUUUUAUGUCACAAACAGACCAAUUAUUACUCUUUAAAAGGCUUCAUGUUGCUUUUUAAGACACAUACAAUGCGCAUUUUCACAUACAUAGACGUUUGACCUAUUCAAAUAACGGUUCAAAUUUAUGAAAUCCCUUUCCACAUUCAGACUUAUUUUACCUCUUUCAUAUAAACCAAAAAUAUUUUAGCAUCUUUAAUAACAUAGCUAUAUCUCAACAUGUUUAUUAUAAAUAUAAAUCACUUUUUUUUUCCCCUGCAUGACUCUUUUUGACCUAUGUUUGUAUUCAUUUAUAUGUAUUCAAAUUAAUAAAAAGUUUUAAUAUGCAUGGAAAUAUUAUAUAUACUUAAAAACAACUACUUGUGUACUUACUUUUUUCUGUUUUUGAUAAUAAAAAGAAUGUAUUAGUUGGGUUUUGGCCCUCUCAAGAGAGACGGCACUAUGCAAGAGCAGUGGUUCAGUAUUAGGAGAGCCACUGACAGCAGAUCCCCGAGUGCCAGGAGUAUUUGUACUGCUUAGCAAACCUCACUGAUGUAAUGCACUCUACUCUUCUGCACAUUUGUUCUUGGAUCUGCGGCUUUUCCAAAUAACAAUUCCUUUGUUUUGUUAGACAUUUGAUUUCUUUGGUUUCCUUUUUGUGUUUGUUUGUCAUGUUGUGUGCACGUGUUUUCUCAUUGUAAAAUUGACAAGUUUUCAUGUUCUUCCUCGUGAUGUUUUCUGUAUUAUUCCUGAUGUGAUUUUCCUCUGUCCUGCUGUCAAUCAGGUGUGACAUUGGUCUGAGAUUACCUGUGAAAUCACAUCUCUUCUCUCCCUUCCAUUCUCCCUGGACUUACUACACUCCCAUCACCUUUUUUUGAUUCUUUGAAACAACAUUCCAGUUAUUGGAUAGACAUUAUUGCAGUGACAUUCUUUUGUGAAAUGUUUCAAAUAAAAUAAAGAAAAG